CCCAUUUUGGAUUAGAUCAUCCCAGGGCAUGAAUUUAGACUGUCCACAGUGCUUGGAUUAGUCAUGGCAUUGAAGAGGAGAAGAUGUAGAGCACGGGACUGUGCCUGGCAGGGAGUCUGGAGUUUCUGGUUUCGAAGUUCUGGAAGGCGUGAGCCAGAGGAGGGGCCUCCGUGCAGGGAGAGGGCGGGAAGCUGGGGCAGGGCCCCAGUCAGCUGUGCAAGGCUGUGCAACCAGAGGCAACACAGAACGGAAAGAGGAUCCCUACAGACUCCUGAAAUUCAGAAGAGUGGACACUCCAGGUUUGACCACCUAAGACACCAUUCCUCUAAAGAUUAUAGCUCCAUUUGUCAUUCUGAAGCCUCUGCUUGUCCUGUACCCCAAGGAUGGAGCCACUUCUAGGAGUAAAAAUUGGCUGCCUCUUUGCCCUGCUGACUCUCACUCUGGUCUGUGGCCUUAUUCCCAUCUGCUUCAAAUGGUUCCAGAUUAAUGCAGCCACAGGUCGUCACCGCCGGGUCCUGAGUCUCCUGGGCUGCACUUCUGCUGGUGUUUUCCUGGGAGCAGGGUUCAUGCACAUGACUGCUGAAGCCCUGGAGGGAAUUGAAUCAGAGAUCCAAAAGUUUCUGAAGCAGAACAGGACAGAAAGUGAGGGAAGUUCUUCUGAUGAUGCUGAUUCAGCUCAGACGGACUAUCCCUAUGGAGAGCUCAUCAUCUCCCUGGGCUUCUUCCUUGUCUUCUUUUUGGAGUCACUGGCACUGCAGUGCUGUCACGGAGCCUCUGAAGGAUCACCAGUGCAGGAGGAGGAAUGGGGCGGGGCUCAUGUCCUUGGACUCCACAGCCAUGGGCCUCUCCCCUCACCCUCACGGGGUCCCCUUCGAGCCCUUGUCCUCUUGCUUUCACUCUCCUUCCACUCUGUGUUUGAAGGUCUAGCUGUGGGGCUACAGCCAACAGUAGCUGCUACCGUGCAGCUCUGUCUUGCUGUCCUGGCUCACAAGGGGCUUGUAGUGUUUGGUGUAGGGCUGCGGCUGGUGCGGAUAGGCACUGGAUCACGAUGGGCCGUGUUCUCCAUACUGUCAUUAGGUCUCAUGUCUCCCCUGGGCCUUGCCCUAGGGCUGGCUGUGGCCCAAGGAGACUCUGAAGCGGGGCGAGGCUUAGCCCAGGCUGUGUUAGAGGGUGUGGCAGCUGGCACCUUCCUGUAUGUCACCUUCUUAGAAAUUCUGCCCCGGGAUCUAGCUGGUCCUGAGGCCCCUCUAGCCAAGUGGAGCUGUGUAGCCACUGGUUUCGCCUUCAUGGCAUUUAUUGCCUUGUGGGCCUGAGAGAUUCCUGACUUUUCUGAUGGACCUAUCUAGGAAGACCUCCCUACCCCCAGGAGACACCUCCCAAAUGGCUUUGGUCCUCAAAUGUUUCUUGACCAAGACAUCUACUAGGCAUCAUCCCCAUGAACUGGACCCCAGCAUUUCCUUACAUGAGAUCCUAUUUCUCAUCCAGCACUGAGAAAAGGAUGUUUAGAUUGAGUGCCUAUAAAUUGGAGAAUUGACAUAAAGACCAUCACUCCAGAUUUGACUCUUGUCCCAUUUAUACUACUGUGUGUAAUAAAUGUUCGUUUCACCCUUUCCCUUCAGCCGUACUAUACUUUGUUCUCCGGGUUGCUUAGGAGCUGCCUGGUACAGGAAGUGGCGGAGUGGGGAGCGGGAAGGGUGAGUGUUGGGUGUAGUAUUUUCUUCUGGAAUCAGGGCUACUAGCCAUUCUGUCAGUUGCAGGCCAUGGCCCCCAGGCCUGGGAACAUAGCUGAAAUUUCAGAAACCUGCUACCACCUCACCCAAAGGUGUUGAGAAACUGAGCCAGAGUUUCCAGCACUUAGAGAAAAGAGGUUUAAAAACAGAAACCAUGGGGAUCUAGAUUUUUCCUACACUAACCACACCCACCCCACUCCCAGUACCUAUUAUCAGCCACCCACAAUGUGUCCAACAGACUCUUUCGAU